GCCUCUCCGCCUCCGUUUAAUUUUUUAUAAUUGGAAAUUUGGCAGUUCGUCAAUGCGGAUGUACAUAUAUAUGUAGUUUACGUUUAGGCCUAUGACAUGGACGAGGGAUGGAAGAAAGACCUUUCUACAAAUUUCAGUAUUAUUGUUAAACAUGUUGAUGACCCUGAUGCUGUAGCGGAAUAUCUCCAUUAUGACUGUAACCCCCCGGUGUUUACUGAAGAAGAUGUGCAAUGGAUGAAGGCUCUUGAUGAGUCUACCAAAAACAAAACAAGAAAGUUACUCCAUAAGCUGACGUUCAAGCCAAAUUAUCCGCUUGUUGCACUUUAUAAUGCUUUUAAAGAAAGUGGAAAUACAGCAUUAAGGAAAUGCUUGGUGCCACAUGUGGAGAGCUACUACAAGGCACAGAAAAAGGACAUCAGCAAACCCAUCCCUGACAACAAAUUACCUAUGACGGACCAAACCUGGAAAGAAUUCCACCAAGUAGAUGCUGUCACAUGUCAGAUCGAUUCAGCUGGCUUAUUGAAGACCUAUGAGGACACAAACCAUAACUAUAAGAUGACGAAGGAAACAAGAGGGAGAGCUGUGAUAAUAAACAAUGCCAAUUUUGAAGAGCAGAAAAAAAGAAGGCAUGGUUCUGAGAAAGAUGUAGAACUUCUCAAAAAAACACUCACACAGCUACACUUCGAUGUUAAAGUUUAUGAGGACUUGACUGCUGUGGAUAUAAGGAAAACACUCAGUGAAGAAAGCCAAUCUGAUGACCUCAAGUCUGCGGAGUGCUUUAUCCUGGUCGUGAUGAGUCAUGGGGUUAUUAGUGGCAUAAAUGGCACGAAAGAUGAAGUUGUCAAAUUUGACGAAUUUGCAAAAAUUUUCAACCCUACAAAAUGUACAGCACUCAAGGACAAGCCAAAGCUCUUCUUCUUCCAGUCAUGUCGGCAAAAAGGAGAACAAGGAAUGGACACUUCCAUGGAGCAGAGAGGGAGAAUUCAAGGAGUGGAGAAUAACAAGGAUUUCUUGUUUUCUUUCGCCACAGUAGAGGGGUUUCAAUCUAUGUGUUUUGAUGAUACUGGAGCCUGGUUUAUCCAGGCAUUGUGCUGGGUCCUCAAAUAUGAUGCACAUAGACUACACAUAUUGGAUAUGCUCACCAAAGUAAAUGCCUUGGUGUCUGGUAUGGAAGAGGAAGGAAAGAGUUGUUAUUUUGUACCAGAAUGUAGGGGAAGUCUGGUGAAAAAUGUCUACUUCUUUCCUGGUGUGCGUGGAGAACCGAGCAGUCCAUUGAAAAAUGAGAAAAAUGGAGCAGUACUGUAAUAGAGACUAGAAAAAAAUCUUGGACAUAUAAAAUAAAACCCAGCUUGGUUGGAAAAACUUUAAAGUUCAUUACCCACCCCCCUAUCAGAAAUUGAAGGUUUUUAUAUUAUUUUCUUUUGUUUUUGUGUCCCUCCAUGCAUGCCUGCUGACUGUGGUUUCUGAAGUACAUCUCAGCCACUGUUUCUGAAAUGGGAAGCAAGCAUGGCCAGUACAUCAUGGAAUAGCAGUGUGUCACAUCCUAAAAUUAAUUUGACCUCAAUUUGACUUGGACCUAAACUACUUAAAUAAUGGUUUCUGGAGCAUAUGUCGGCAGCUGGUUCAUUAAUAGGAAUUUGUGUUUAUAGGUGUAUCAUGGGAAGGCAGUGUGUGGUUUCCUCGAAAGGAGGUCACUGGGACCUCAAUUUGACCUGCAUAUACAUAUUUAUGACCUUGACUUAAGUAUAAAAAAUAAUGGUUUCUGCAGUACAUCUGAGCCCAUGUUUUAUGAAUGGGAAUCAAUCUUUGUAAAUAGGUUUAUUCUGGGAAGGACUUGUGUUUCAUCCUAUAACAAGGUAUCUGAGCGUUCAGACCUAUGACCUUGACCUGAAGUACUAAAUACUGGCUUCUGGAGCUUAUCUGUGCAACUGUUUUGUGAAUGGCCAUCAAACUUGGUAACAGAUACAUCCUGGAAAGGAGUUUUGUUUCUUCCUCUAACCGAGACCUCAUCAGUCUGACCUUUGACAUUGACCUUAAGUACUAAAAAUUGGCUUCUCAGAGCUCAUCUCUACCACUGUUUUGUGAAUGGCCAUUACACUUUCUAUAUAGGUAAAUCAUGGGAAAGCAGUGUGUUGCAUCCUAAAAUGAGGUCUUUGUGACCUACAAUUGACCUUUUAUCUUUGAACUCAAGUACUUAAACACAGUGUAUAACAAGUUUCAGAAGCAUAUACAUCUAGACUACCAUGUUAUGUAGGUACCAGAAUUAAUGUGCAUGUACUUUUUAUAAUCAAGGAAUAUGUCAGGUAAUGCAAUUGAUUCAGUUCAAUCUCAAUAUGGCCCCAGGUUUAAAAUACAGUGUAGGCCUAGGUCUACAUUGGCUACCAUUUUAUGUAUGGAUAUCAGAUUUGAUGUAAUAAGGUCGGGUGGUAACAGUGUGGUGUAAUUAAAUGAGGUUUAUGAGGUCAACAUCCAACUUUUUAACCUUGACCUCAAGUACAUGUACCUAACACUAUUCAUAUAUAUAGCUGCAGGGAGCAGAGGUCAACAGGGAACCUCUGCUUGUGUUAAAUCUGGUUUAUCUUAAAGCCUUUAAGUUUUGAUAUUCAGCCUCAACAAUUUCGGGACUUUCUCAUUGAUACCACUUCAUUUAUUAAAUAAGUGGGAAAUUAUGGAUUGAAAAAACCUGAAUUGUCACCUUGACCUUUGACCUCUAAUGUUUACAAGCUUUUUCCAUUAUGAUAUUACAGAACAACUUAAAUAUGUGUAGUAAUACCCAAUUAAUUAUACUUUUAAAGCAAAUGAAUGUUUACUUAAAAUUCCACCUAAGCGAUCUUUUAACUUUCACGGCUGACCUUCAGCUUUUGCAGUUUUGAUAUAUCUUUUUUGGCAGUUACUGCAAUAUAUAUAACAACUUUCAUAAAUAUUUAAGGUUAGGGUUUGUAACCAUCUUUGACCUUGACAUUUGAUCGACCCUUAUCAUUUGAUGUCUCCUGAUACCAUUUGUGACAUAUAGCAGGAUACUUGUAAUAUGUGCGGCGAUAUCAAUCUUCUUUUAUUUACACUCAAAAGGCGAGUGCACUAUGAACUGUGUCACCUGACCAUCCAUAAUAUUCUUUAAUGUCUGACCACAAAAUAGGAAUCAAUAAUCAUCAAAUUGAUUUAAAAUUCAACUUUAUUGGAACUAAAAGUUGUAUGGAAUAAAAAUAAUGUUCAACAAAAGAAAAACAAUAACAAAUGGUACAUGGUAAUGCGUAGAGUCAAUUUUAAUAUGCUAUGGCAAUAUUUCAGAAUUCGAUAUCUCAAAAAGAACUGGCGUCCCAUAAAACAAAACUGCCAUCUCAUUAAAACCAUGCAAUAACAAGUGUUUAUAACACAUAUAUCAAAAAGGAAAAUAAAAACCCAUGCAUCAGUUUUCGUUUCAAAAUCAUACAAGAUGCAUGUGGAUUUCAAAGGCAGUUUUUAUUUUGUCAUUUGUUGUCUAAUGUCCCACACUUAUGACGACAGGUACCUAGGGAGCUACUGCCAAAAUUACAGCUUACAGAGUUUCCUCUGGCCCUGACAUCAGACUUAGAAAUUUUGACAGACAGAUCUCUGGUGUGGGGCAAGAGCCCCCUGCUACAUGAAAACGUGGAGUUCAACGUUAACGUGACCUACAAAUUUGAACGAUUGAAAACCGAAGACUACUGACGGAAUUGAGCAGCUGUUGGUGAUAAUAAGAGCAGACUUUCAUCAAUAAAUAGUCCAUUUGUCGAUAUAUGUGAGGUAUGUGUUGUGUCAUAGUCGAUUUUUGCUGUCAGCACCUCAAAACUGCACGACACCAAACAGUGUCGGAAAAUUCCACGUUUUCAUAUAGCAGUGCGCUCUGGCCCCACACCAGACAUCUAUAUGUCAAAAAGUCUUAGUCUGGUGUACAUGUCAAGGCCAAAGGAAGCUCCGGCUACCAAAAUACAAAGUAGGGUAGUUGGAAGUAAAGAUACAGCUACCAAGUGUUGGAAUUUGGGAAGCAGAUCAAUGUUGGUGUCCUCUAUGUCCUUUAACUUAUUCACCCCUGAAAUUUCAUAAUGAACUAUUCCAACCAUUGAAUUGGAUGAGUUCAAAUGUGUCUUCAGGGGUGAAUGAGUUAAACAGAUCAGUAAGAAAACAUUGACUCUGCGUGUGGACCCACUGUGCAAAGGUGUCAACCUCUGAAACCUCCAAUGAGAGAGAUCUCCCUCCUACCACAUUUCAAAUGAGGGAGAAAGAGCGUGAAACGCGACUAAUACUGCUUUGCUCUAUCCAUCUUUCCCUUUUUAUACGUCAAAAUAAUUCCGAAAAACAUUGAUAUGAUUCAGACACAACUGUUAUAUGAUAAUUACACACAUCCUGCAGUAACUAGGAGAUCAUAUGACCACAGGAUGUAGAUUUCGAGUUUGUGUGAGUUUGGACUUGAAUGAGGAAGUUUCAUGGGAGAUUGGUAACUUUUGGUCAAAAUAAUAGAGUCUUCUCCCUAAUGAUGGAGAGUUAACAGCGAUGGCUGUGCCACAAUAACCGUUUCUUCACAAAUGCAAUGGGAUAAGCAGGUCUUUAUUUCACAUUGAGGGGGGGGGGGGGGGAUAUUCAACCCAUGAGAGAAGAACUAACUUACUCAUUAAGAUAUCAAAUAUGUUCUGUUUAUUUCAUACAAAGAUAUUGGCUUCCACGAACAAAUACACUAUCUCUCCAAAACUGUGUUGCCAACUUGUGUUGCAUGUCAAUGGAUGAUGCUCAUAGUUUGUUAUGUUCUGCAGUGAAUUCCCGCCAAUAUUACCAAAUAUUUUGAUGUGUUUUGUUUAUGACCUUGAAUGCGUGAUUUUUAGCCAUCGUGAUAUUGCAUGGAAGACAAUAGAAAUAAAGUCAAGAUUGUAUCAUUUCAGACAUAAACGUGUUUAAAAAACAUGUUUUUCUUGAAUAUUCACAUGUAUUUUCAGUGUUUCCAUUUGAAAUGAGAUUUUAUCAAACCAGUUCUCCAGUUAUCAGAUCAGUAUACAGAAUGUAGGUGGUCAAUGACUUUUUAAAGUUUCAUAGAAACUGUUUGUCUUUGCUUUUAGUUUUUAAACAAUUACUAACGAAUGACAUUUUUUUAAUAAACUUACACCA